AUGUUCACAACUCUACUGAACACACAGACACUUGUUGAUGUAACUCUUGCUGCUGAGGGCAAGCAUUUACAAGCCCAUAAGGUGGUCCUAUCUGCUUGCAGUACCUAUUUUCAGGCUCUUUUUGUAGAUAAUCCUUCUCGACAUCCAAUUGUAAUCCUAAAAGAUGUAUCAUUUUCUGAUUUACGCACCAUGGUCGACUUUAUGUACUAUGGUGAAGUGAAUGUAACAGAGGAGCAAUUACCACAGGUACUCGAUACAGCUAAACUACUGAAAAUCAAGGGGCUGACUGAAAUGCCAGAUUCUACAUCUCUUACACGGUCCCAAGGUACUUCAGCUGACUUUCAGUCUCCUGGUGACUCAAUAGACUCCCAAAGGCAUUCUGCAUCACCAGCAGCAUCACCCUCUAAUAAACGCAGAAGACGCCGAAAAAGUUCAACUGGAUCAACAUCUUUAAACAUGGUGCCAGAUGAUAAUAGGAAUGAUGAAGCAGGACAGUCAGUAGACUUAAUGCGGGGGGAAUCCAUAACAUUAAGCAGUUUGCCACAGCAGAGACGCAUGAGGGAAUAUCAAGAUGAACGCAUGGAUAAUGCUCAACAGACUCCAGAUCAACACAACCUUAAUGUAGAGCCUUUAGCAAUGGACAAUAACCCCGCAGGGAUUCCGCAAGGAGGCCAAUGGAGUAUGAUGGAGCACACAUACCCCCGAUACUCCAACGCAUGCAUCGGCGGAGGCAGCCUCCAACCGGAUCCAGGAAUGUACAUCAAUAACGUUAUCAACCCGCACAUGGAUUCAGAUAUGAAUGAUUACGCUCAAGGUUUAGGCGUAACAGGCCCUUCGCCUGGUCCUAGCUGCGUCGCGGAAGCUCAAACGGCUCAAGAGGCGGUUCCACAAACUCAGCCUAAGCGUCGCCGCACAACGAAUCCACAAUCUGAAGAAAACUUCCAACGAGCGCUAGAAGCUGUCCGCUUUGGCGGCAUUGGCUUCUGCAAGGCGGCACGUAUGUUCGGGGUUAACAAUAGGACGUUAUGGCUUGAAUACAAGAAGAAGGGAUAUCCAAACAACCGACCCAGCAUCAAAAGCAGGAUAAAACGUGAACAUACCACACCACCGCCCGAACCAAAGGAGGAAGUGCCGCAGCCCGAACAACAGAUGGCGCUCAUAUGCCCCCCUCAUCCAGUUCCAGUGGGUUUUAUUGACUCACGACCGAUCGACUUCCCGCUGCAAGGUGUACCGCACAACUCGCCCUUGAAUAUUCUCGGAGUGAACUUUAAUUCGAUGCAAUAG